AUGGCCUCAACGUCGAAGAAAUUGCUACCCUUCUUCCUCUUCUCCAUCUUCUCCUUCUCACCUAUCUCAAGCCGCCGCCGCCACUACCACCACUAUCACCCCCUGGACCCUCUAACCCCAUCCGAGCUCAACAUAAUAGGAUCCAUUAUUCUAAGGUCGUAUGCUGGCUCAAACCACAACCUCACGUUCCACUAUGUAGGGUUAGAUGAGCCAGACAAACCAGACAUCCUCUCAUGGCUGUCAAACCACAACUCCACCUCCAAUCCCCAACCCCGACGAGCCUUCGUGAUCACUCGACUUAACAAACAAACCCAUGAAAUCAUUCUCGACUUAUCGACAAAAUCCAUAAUAUCUGAUCAACUAUACAGUGGUCAUAGCUAUCCUGUACUAACCCUAGAAGAACAAACAGUUGCAAAUGAACUACCACUAACACACCCUCCAUUCUUGGAGUCUAUUAAAGUCAGAGGACUCAACUAUCUGAUGUGGUAUGUUCUAGCUACACUGUUGGGUGAUGGGACUGUGAACCUGUACGUGAGGCCAUUGGAGGGAAUAACAGUGGUGGUUGACCUAGAUAAAGUGAAGAUUAAAGAAUAUUAUGACAAUCUUGAAGUUCCCGUAUCAAAAGCUGAAGAUACGGAGUAUCGAUUGUCUGCGCAGAAGCCACCCUUCGGUCCACAUCUAAAUGGUGCAACCAUUAUGCAACUAGACGGCCCAGGGUUUGUCAUAGAAGGGCAUAGUAUAAGGUCAGUGACUCCAUCCUUACACGAUUGA